UGAUUCAUAAUAGGCCAACAUAGGUCUUUCCGACACUGCUCUUAUCGACAUGGUGGUCUCAAACAUACAACAACAACGUGCCAUAACCGAACAAUUACGUAGGGAGGCUGCUAUUAAAAGAAUACCUGUCUCGGAAGCAGUUGCUGACAUAGUCAAGUACAUACAAGAGCAUGAACAAGAUGAUUGCCUUGUAGUAGGAUUCAGUAAUCAACGUGUGAAUCCUUUCAGGGAAAAAAGCUCAUGUACCGUCGUUUAAUAAUGUAUUUGCCUGAAGAAUUGUAGUUUAUUAGGGUGCUGUUUCUACAUAUAAAUGAUGUUUCUAACUUUUAGUAAUCAUUAUUUAUUAUUUCUGUUCUGUGUUUGAUCAUUGUAUUAAUAUUUCACAGUAAUAAUUUAAGAUACUGUUUCCUAUCAGUGGACUAGUAAUUAAUGUAAUGAUUUUCUGAUCUAAAUUAAUAACUGUCUCUCAGGUAUUGUCCCUACUAAAUAUUGAUUUUAAUUGUAUCAUGUCGUAAUACAAGAAAUGGAAGUUUCAA